AUGCGAUUGAUGCAUCAUCAUUCACUGCGUUCGCAUCACUUCCCGACGCCGAUGCCCCGGGCGCGGGCGUCGGCACCCGCCCCACCCCCGCCCACGUUCGAUGUCGUCCACGGCGAGGAGUCCCCGGAGGCGAUGCGCGCGCGACACGCCCGCGAACUCGCCGCGAUCGAAACAUUUGUGAAGACAUUCGGUCGAGGCAAAGGCGCGCGCGACCGCGCGUUGCGCGCCGUCGGCGCGGUGACGGAUCGACACCUGGACGAGAUGCGGGCGUUUGAGCUCGCGCGCGCGGACGCGGGUGACGACGAGGACGAGGACGACGAGGACGCGGCGGACGGGACGGCGGACGGAGACGCGGACGCGGCGGCGACGCGAUUGGCGACGCUGGACGUGGACGCGACGCGCGAGGACGAAAGCGGUGAUGCGAUGGGUGAAAAGAAGAUGACCAAGGCGGCGCGGCGACGGAUGAAGCGCGAGGCGGAGGAACGCGAGCGUGAACGGAGAAUUGAGGCGGAGAAGGCGGCGCUGGGACCGAGCGCGGAGACGUCGGAGCGCGAGACGUUGCGACGCAAGCUCCAACCGCUCGGGCUCGCGGUGAAGGAGAUUCGAGCGGAUGGACACUGUUUGUAUCGCGCGAUCGACGAUCAGUUGACGAUGGUUCGAGGACGCGGACACGAGGGCGGAUACACGGGUUUGCGAGAGACGUGCGCGCGGACGAUGCGCGAGGACGAGGACGCGUUCAGACCCUUCGCCGAGGACGGGUGCGGGGAGGAUGACGACAAGUGGAACGAUUACGUGCGCGCCGUCGAGAGCACGGCGACGUGGGGGGGGCAGUUGGAGCUCAUGGCUCUGUCCAAGGCGCUGGAGCGACGGAUAUCGGUGUACAGCGCGACGAUGCCGACGGUCGUCAUGGGCGAGGAGUUCGCGCCGGAGGGCGAGCUCAGGGUGGCGUAUCAUCGACACGCGUUCGGUCUGGGCGAACACUACAACUCCGUCGAGGCGGCGGGACGGUGA